AUGGAUCAUCUCCUCCAUCUUGAUACAGACGUCGUAUGCCUUCUUGCGAAACUUAACUCCUAUGAUUACAUUAUCGUAGGAAGUGGUUUUGGGGGAGGCCCUUUAGCUGAACAGCUUGUAUCCCAACAAUACAAAGUCUUGUUGAUCGAGCGCGGCAGCGUCAUUUUCUCAACCCACGUUCUCAAUACUUCUCGCCCUUACUUCAACCGCGGCGCAAGUAACUCGCCCGAAGGUAACGAGCGUGUCUACGACGCUGUGAAAGCCAAGGUCCAAUGCACCGACCGCUCUGAUAGUUAUGUCGGCGGUCCAGUGUAUUGCGUCGGGGGACGAUCUAAUCUCUGGGGCACUUGGAUCCCAGAGAUUGGUGACGAGACUCUCGGUGCUUUCUUCCCUACUGAUUUUGUUGAUUACCUCAAGGGUGAUGAGAUCCAAGGAUAUAAGAAAGCGUUUAGAUACCUCACUGACUCGCAGCCUGGCGAUAUCAUUUACCCAGAGGGUGACGGCAAGCAUGAAGUUAGCGCUUCAGAGAUUGGCGACGCAAGUGAGAUGUUGAACAAUGCCCUAUCUGGUUCAAAGUUCAGUCUCAUGCCUAUCGCAGCGCAAUUCAACGCCCCUGCACCAUACAAGUUCGCUCAAGGUGCAUACAGCACUACCUUGAGCAUCAUCAAUCGCAUGUACGCGAAUGAUCAGUAUCUCUCUGUUCUCCUCAACACAGAGGUCAUCGCUGUUCAGCAUGCUGCCAGCAACACAUUCAACAAAAGCGUCAACGCUCUCAAGAUCAGAGACAAAGCCACCAACACCAUCAAAGAGCUCGACGUCGGCAGAGCCAAAGUCAUCCUCUCCGCCGGAACAAUCGGCACCGCCUCCAUCGCCCUCAACAGCGGUCUCGACCACCUCAACCCCUUGGUCGGCAAAGGUCUCAUCGACCAUAACGUCUGCUACGUGCGCUUCGCCAAGCAAAAGUCCGACAAUGUCACCGAAAAGCCGCUCAACCUGAAAACGCACCUCAAAGUCGGCGGUGAAGAAUGUCUGGUCACAGUGACGAUCAAUGCGAAUUUCUUCCUCGCUGGAAGUUCUGCGACGCUCAACACGACGCAUUUCUAUCGUCGUGAUGGGACCCUCAUGAGCCCUACUAAGGAUGCGGCUGAUGAGAAGGAGAACUUCGACACUAUCUGCGUGCUAUUUGAGUUUGUUGGGGGACUCGAUGAUGAGAACUCUGUGCUCAGUCUUCCGGGCUUGGAUCCUGUCUUGGAUAUUCGUCGACCACCGAUCAAGCAUGAGGUUCAGUGCGCUAUGGAAGACAUCAUCCGCCGAGUUCGAGAUGCUUUUGUUGGGAUGAAGCCUAAUCAAGCUACGUAUGCGGAUCCGGGAGUGUGUCCUGACCCAGGACUGAGGCCGCAGCAUCUGGGCUUCGGAGUGUUUUCUCAUGAGUGCGGAACGAUGAGAAUGGAUGGACCGAAGGGGCCUGGUGUUGUGGACUCAAACCUCAAGGUAAAGGGAUUGGAUAAUCUAUGGGUUUGUGAUCUUUCGGUUCUGCCUGUUAGUCCUGAGGCCAAUCCCUCGUUGACUUUGGCGGCUCUUUCGCUGAGGCUUGCUGAGCAUCUGUGCCGCAAGAAUCAUUGA